CUUAGUCAGCAUCACUAGCGCGAGUUUCAAUCCGAGCUUCCUGCGAAUUCAACAUCGAACCACUUACUCGAAUCCAACCAAACCAUAACGCCUCGAAUACAGACACAAUGGCUGGGUAAGUCAUGAUCCCAAGCUAUUACACAGAAUUAUAACUUUGGAGGAAAGGCUGCGGAGACCAUAUUUUGCCCUACUCUAGCCGCGGUAGAAGACCUCAAGAAAUACCAUUUACUGAUUAAAACCAAAAUUUAGCUACAAGCUCCGCGAGAACCGCGUCCCUUACUACCAGGCGCUCUUCCAAGAAGGUGCUAAGAAACACAUUCGUCAAUGGAACCAAGUACGUGCAUUGCCUCUAUGUUCCGCGGCAUUGGGAGGGGUGGGGGUGGAAAAUACCCACGGCUAUAUCGACUAGAGUACAAAUCUAACAUGUUGUGCAGACUUCUAGAGGCAGGGUCAUGCUCUAUCCAUACUAUGUCGCUCUGUGGGGAGGGUUUGCUGGUAUGUGUGACAUCGAGGAAGAGGCGCGAACGUUAUGACUGACAAUGGGAUAAUAGGAUCCAUGUACAUGAUGUCGCGAAUGGUUUUUGGACACAAGACUUGGUUCGGCAAGGGAUAGAGGUUGCAAAUGAGACGAUGAGAUUUGUGGAUGUUUGGGGAAUCGAGAGGACGAGGCAUACAUUGAAGCCUAAGAAUAGUUCAAUUUCAUUAUACCUCGAAUACUUUACGGACAUUUACUAUGAAAUGCCACAAGCUACUUUUCCUGAUGAGAUAUGUACUUUCUCGGGCCC